AUAUUAUUCGUCAUUGUAUUCAACUCACUUUGUAUUGAUUAUUUUAUUUUAUUUUAUGUUCUUUAUUUGCUUGUAUUCUAUAAGAUUUUACUUACUAGUUACUAAAUAUUAAACCAAUAUUAAAGUUAUAACCAAUACAAAAUGGACGAAACAGAUAUUUUAAACCUUGAUAGUGAAUUCCGUCGAUACAAACAAAUAGUGCAGCCUUACCUGGCCCAAGUGAUUGAACAAAACAUAAUUGAUGUUUGCAGCGAUUGGCUACAUCGCCUUUCAAAUUGCUCAAACGAGGAAAAGGUACUGCGGAAUAAAUAUAUUUUCACUUUGUGCUACCAACUCGCCAAAGGUAUACUCGAUGAGCCUUUCUUGAAACCCCCUCCUCGCGACAAAUUGGAACCAUUUGUUGAAGCUGACAGCACAAUCGCCAGCGCUGACUCGGACUACGGAGAAGAAGGAACGGAUUUCAAUAGCCAUAAAGGCGGCAUGCCACUUUCUCAACAAGACACUAAAUUCGUGAUAAAAGAAACUGGCUACAAUGAAAAUAAUAACGGAUCUUGUGAAACUUUUAGAAAAGACGUUUUUGGUGACUUUGAUUUCGACAGCUGCAACCGGCCUUCGACAGCAGUUAAAGAUUCUACGUAUUUCCACGAGUUUCGAGUCACUAAUUUAAUUUUGAAGCUAAGAGAGAUCAAAAAGCAUAACGUCCUAUUGCAUGAAGAACUUGAAGCACUGAAAAAAGAAUCAGUAGCCAAAACAUAUUCUAAAGACAGUAUAAAUUUGCAGACAAUUAUGAGUUCGCAUGCUUACAACGAGUCAGGUAGUGUAGUAUCAAUGAAAUCUUUGAAAGAAAAAUAUAAAGAAAUGCAAGAAUAUAGAAAGACGUUGAUAAACAGAAUAAGUCACUUACAAGAUAGACUAGAACAACUAGAUAAUGAGAAGUUACAAGAAAUUAAUAAUAUACGGGCAAACCACCAACUUGAAAUUAUAAAUGUAAAAACUGAACUUAAAGAAAAGUAUGAAACUUCAAUGGCGGAAAUGAAAAAUAAAUAUGAAGAUUUAAAAACUAAAUUGGAAGAAAAGUGCCGAGAAUUAGAUAAAAAUACUAAAAUUUUGGAUGAAAAAGAUUUGGAAGUAACAAAAUUAAAAAACCAGGUAAAAGAUUUGGAUCAAAAUUUACUAUCAGCUAAAGAAAAGUGCUUCGAGGUCACCGGAAAUACAUCGGAAAUAGACAGUUAUAAACAAAAGAUACGUCAGUUAGAAAAGAAAGUAUCUCGAAUGGAAAAGUGCAAAAAUAAAUUUACAAGGGCGUACGAGACUAAAGUAGCUUUACAUAAUCGAGAGAAAUGUCUGACUGAUUACGCGCUGCAACUUCAGAUGAUCAGACAAAGAGCACAAGUGGUUCAUGACAUUACUGAAGAAAGUGGUACAGAAGUCAGCAGUGUUCUGGACAAGCUGGAAACAAAGUACAGGGAAAUCGUUGCAAACAUGCAAGCAACGGCCAUUCAGCGUAGAAUACAGGACCAAAAAUCUUUAGAUAAUAUCUUGAAAGCAUCAUUUGGAUUUAUUCCGACCGAACAUCUAUUUCAAGCGAGUGACUCCAUCCCAGGAUCAAAUAACCAUCGGGCGCCACCACAGCCAAUGAGAAAUCCAAACAAUGAUAGUAACCUGAGCUAUAACAAUGAACUCUCAUCUUUAAUGCGAGGGGGCAAGGCCAGUAAUAUUAUGAAUGAUGCUAAUAAUUCGCUAGAUGAGGACAACGCUUCGUUGGGAUACUGUUUGAAUAACGAACGACUGGGAGAAGUGUUCGGGAAGGUUUACAUUCCUCAAAGAGACACCGGAGACCACAAAUAGUUGGCGAUCCAUCACAUACAAUGUAAGUUUGGCAAGUUUCUCACUUCAAACUGAGAUCUAGUGUCUCCGUUUCGUGUUUUGAUGUCAAGUUUGGUGUGAAAUCUAAGUUGUUGCAAAAUUUGUUGUGAACAAUAAAGUUUCGAGAUUUAAGAG